UGGGCUCACCGUUUUGGAUUGCCCUUUUGCGAACAGAAGCGUAAUACCCAGCCUUCAGAGGCUGAUCUUGCGCAAGGUGCCAUUUCUGCAACUAAAUGGGAUUCAUCAGAUAUACCACCUACCACGGUAGACGGAUUGUUCUUAAUAAUUCUGUGCUCAGGAUUCUCUUACCCGACACCUGCUGUACGCUACGGAGUGCGUGUUCUCCAGUUUUGCGCAUCGCCAGAAACAGCGCCAGACACUCCGGUGCUCACAUUCUCUUUAUACACCUUGAAACCUGAACUAUAUUCUAAAAUGUCAUCGCCAAGUAAUGGAUCUAAUGUGACGGGGAAUUUUACCAAUCAGUUUGUUCAGCCGCCGUGGCGAAUCGCCUUGUGGUCAGUCGCCUACAGCUUCGUAUUAGUCGUGGCGGUCUUCGGAAACCUGAUUGUGAUUUGGAUAAUCCUGGCACACAAGCGAAUGCGCACUGUCACCAACUACUUUCUGCUUAAUUUGGCUUUUUCUGAUGCUUCAAAGGCUGCCUUUAACACUCUUAUUAAUUUCAUAUACGCUGUAAAUGGUGAAUGGUACUUUGGUGACUCUUACUGCAAGUUCCACAACUUCUUUCCUGUCACCGCUGUCUUUUCCAGCAUAUAUUCAAUGACAGCCAUAGCCGUUGACAGGUACAUGGCCUUCAUCCACCCUCUGCAACCCAGGCUGUCGGCGAAGGCGACCCGGGUGGUCAUCGUCUGCAUCUGGUCACUGGCCAUCGUGCUGGCCUUCCCCCUCUGCUUCUACUCCACCACCACGACCAUCCCCCGGAGGACGCUGUGCUUCGUGAACUGGCCCCGAUCUUCAGAGGACUCCUUCAUGUACCACAUCAUUGUGACUGUACUGGUAUAUGUACUGCCCCUAGUGGUGAUGGGAAUCGCCUACACCAUCAUUGGAAUAACUUUGUGGGGAGGGGAGAUUCCAGGAGAUACAAAUAAAAAUUACCAUGGGCAGCUUACAGCAAAGAGGAAGGUGGUGAAGAUGAUGAUCAUCGUGGUGCUGACCUUCGCAUUUUGCUGGAUGCCUUAUCACAUCUACUUCAUCGUCACUGGACUUAACAAGCUGCUCACCAAGUGGAAGUACAUCCAGCAGGUCUACCUCUCAGUGAUGUGGCUGGCCAUGAGCUCCACCAUGUACAACCCCAUCAUCUACUGCUGCGUCAACAGCAGAUUCCGAGCCGGGUUCAAGCGGGCGUUCCGCUGGUGCCCCUUCAUCAAGGUGUCCACCUACGACGAGCUGGAGCUCCAGAUGGCGCGCUUCCACCCCGCCCGCCAGAGCAGCAUGUACACCGUCACCCGCCUGGAGUCCAGCGUGGCCGCCGCCGCGACCUUCGACCCCUCCGACGCGGACAACCCCGGCGCCCGCCAGGCGCGGCAGAAGAGCUGCCCGUCCCUCCACGGCGGCGCCAACGGCUGCCCCGGCGGCGGCCUGAGGGCUUCUGGGAGCUCCGGCCUCUACGGCCCUCGCGGUGCUCCCGCUAAAGAGUUCCCCUGAAGACCGGAAGGUUCCCUCGCCAAACCCACGGCGAAUAAGCGCACGGAUAAGGAGCUGUGCGCGCCGGGGAGAUGAGGCUGUGUGAAGUGUGUUGUGCAUGUGUUCAGAAACUGCUGGGUAUAAAAUGGACAUACCCAGUGUUUCAGUGUUAGUGUACAGAAAACAAGAACAUGGAUGACGAUGAUGACCAUUGCACACAAGUGUUUAUUUGCUAUUUUAUUUGCCAGCUGAUGUCACAGUCAUUACUUGUAAUUGGGGAGUUAACUACAUUUAGGUAAAUUAGUAGUUUUAAUUACAUAUUGCAGCAGUUUGUUAGUAGUUCAACUACAUUCAAAUUUGUCUGGAAGUUGAAGUAGUUAAUUACUUUUUUUGUCAUUUUGAGGCGUGGUUAUCCACAGGUUAAGUCCAACUACUUUUAGCCCUAUAAUGUAUUCUUUUCCAAACCCGUUUAAGCAAAUACCGCCUCCUCUCUCUCUUUAUACUGCAAUCCUGAUUAGUGAGUUGCACACCACUCCACUAUGGUUACCAUCAGUCAACAGAAAAUUGCCAUACAUUGCUGGUUUUCCCUAAUGAGCUGUAUAAUUCUCCCCUAGUGCAAAAAGAAAGCAUUUCUGGGGACCAUGAUAAUGACUAUUAUUUGAUCUUUUUUUUUUUUUUUUUUUUUUUU